ACACUCGGCCAAAAGCAAGCAGUCGCCAGCAGAAACGGUCCGUGUCCAGUCGUUGAAACCAACAGUAACAGGCAAAGCAACAGCAGCAGCCAUAGAAGUCAGUUAUUGUGGCUAAUAGAACGGUUGCUGCCGAGGCGCGUUUGCAAAGUACGCACACGCAUACAAACAAAUGUUGCGUACGUGCGUUUGAAGGAGUGUGUGUGUGUUUGUGACUUACACUGUGUGUGUAGGUGUGCGUGCGCGCUGCAUAUAUGAAUCCACUCAAAUGCCAAGCUGUUAGACAACGCUUUGGGUCAUUUGUGUCACUUUUGUGAAACGGAAUAGAGACGAAAAUUGCAGUAGAAGUGGCAGUGAAAUAUGAAAAAAUAGCAAAUUAUAUUAAAAAGUAAAAACAAAUAAGGAGAAAUAAUAUUUGGUGAAGAAAAGCGGAAAAAUUGACGCCAGUGGUUACAAAGAGUUUAUAUAGUAUAUGAAAAGUUAGAGAUAUUAAAAUUAUACACACUUCUAAGCGCACGCAAAAGUUAGUGGUGUAAUAAAGUAUGUGUUUUCAUAAAAAGUGGAAAUGAAAAAUAUUUGAAAAAAUAAAUACAAUAAAGAAUAUAUAUUAAAUGUAAUAAAAGUGUAUGAAAUAGAUAAAAAUAUAAAGUGAGUGCUGCCACAUUAUUCAAGUACAAAUUGUCAAUAAACAAACUGAAAGUGUAUACGCAAAAUGUCCUUCAGAUUUCUGCAGCCAAAGCGGAGCUGAAGAAAGGUGCCUGCGCCCACGCACAACAGCAAAAAGGCAGCAGCAACAGCAACAGCAGCAGUGGCUGUCGAGAAAGUCAAGGAAUUCAAAGACAGUUAUACGUCAACCCUUUGAAAAGCAACAAAAAGAAAGGGGAAAGCAUGGAUCUACUUUUAGGCGCAACAGCUCGCAAAUAAUGUGUGCAAACACACUGUAUUGGCAAUAAAACCCAACCAAGUCAAUUAAAAGCUAUAUUUAGACCAACAUCCAACAGGACGUCCGAAAAUAUUGCCUGUUAUAUGAGUUCACCCUUUGAGGCGCGUCGAGCCGAAGCAGCAAAGCAAAAUGUUAAUAAAAGAAUACCGCAUACCCUUGCCGUUAACGGUGGAGGAAUAUCGCAUCGCACAGCUGUAUAUGAUAGCGAAAAAAAGUCGCGAGGAGAGUCAUGGCGAGGGCAGCGGUGUUGAAAUUAUCAUUAAUGAACCCUACAAAGACGGUCCCGGCGGCAAUGGACAGUAUACGAAGAAAAUCUAUCAUGUUGGCAGUCAUCUACCCGGUUGGAUAAAAAGUUUGUUGCCGAAGAGCGCUUUGACGGUGGAGGAGGAGGCGUGGAAUGCCUAUCCAUAUACACGCACGCGCUACACCUGUCCGUUUGUGGAGAAAUUCUCGCUCGAUAUUGAAACGUAUUAUUUUCCGGAUAACGGUUAUCAGGAUAAUGUGUUCAAACUGAGCGGCAGUGAUUUGCGAAAUCGUAUUGUAGACGUCAUCGAUAUAGUGAAGGAUCAACUAUAUGGCGGUGAUUAUGUAAAGGAGGAGGAUCCUAAGCUCUUUGUAUCUGAUAAGACAGGACGUGGUCCGUUGGGCGAGGAAUGGCUAGAGGAGUAUUGGCGCGAAGUUAAGGGCAAAAAGCAACCCACCGCACGCAAUAUGUCGCUUAUGUGCGCCUACAAAAUUUGCCGCGUGGAAUUUCGGUAUUGGGGCAUGCAAACCAAGCUAGAGAAAUUCAUACACGAUGUGGCAUUGCGGAAAACAAUGUUGCGUGCACAUCGGCAGGCGUGGGCCUGGCAGGAUGAAUGGUACGGCCUGACAAUUGAAGAUAUACGUGAGAUUGAGCGACAAACACAAUUGGCGCUGGCGAAGAAAAUGGGUGGUGGUGAAGAUAGCGAAAGUGAUGUGGAAGAUGCUGACAGCGUUGCGGACUUGCAUGGCCGACCGAUUACGGGCAGCACGGGCAGUGAGCGUCGAAAGUCUAGUGGCGCGCCACCACCGAUUGUUACCCAAGAGCCGCCAAGCGCUGAAGGUACCUCGGAUGAGGAUGAAGAGGAGGCGGCUCAGGAAGUGAGCGCGCGCUCACGCUCGCAGAGUAUACAAAUGACAAAAUCGAAAUUCGGUUCGAAAGGCGCGCUACACUCACCGGUUGGUUCGGCACAUAGCUUUGAUUUACAGCCGCAUGCUAAGAAUAUUCUACACAAAAACGUUGCAAAUUGGCGUAUGGAACGACUGGAAGUGGACACCAAGUCCAAUUCUGAUGAAGAGUUCUUUGAUUGUGUUGAUACCAACGAGACCAACUCGCUCGCCAAGUGGAGCUCACUUGAAUUACUCGGUGAGGGUGACGACAGCCCGCCGCCAAGUAGUGGCAUUGUAUAUAAAGACAGUCAAGAAGACAGUAUUUUCAAUCAAGACUUCCUAAUGCGCGUCGCCUCGGAGCGUGGCAAUAAGCGACAGCUGCGCUCUUCGGCUAGCAUAGAUCGUAGUCAUGAUGCAUCGCCGCCAGGUUCGCCAGGCACACCUUCCUGUUCCACCACCAUACUAAUACUUGUGGUGCACGCGGGCAGCGUUUUGGACGCCACCAGCGAGCUGACCGGCAAGAAGUCAGACAUUACCACAUUUCGUGGCGCUUUCGAGGGCGUUAUGCGUCAACACUAUCCUAGUCUGCUGAGUCAUGUUACCAUCAAAAUGGUGCCAUGUCCUUCCAUCUGCACCGAUGCUUUGGGCAUACUUUCUAGUCUUAGUCCAUACUCGUUCGAUGCCUCACCGUCGGCUAUUGAUAUACCAAAUAUAGCUGAUGUACCUAUAGGCGCCAUACCAUUGCUUUCUGUGGCCUCGCCAGAAUUUCAGGAUACCGUUAAUAAGACAGUGACUGCAGCCAAUAUAGUCUAUCAUGAGUUCAUCAAGUCCGAGGAGGGUCACGGUUUCGCCGGUCAAGUGGUAAUGCUGGGUGAUUCGAUGGGUUCACUGUUGGCCUAUGAGGCGCUUUGCCGUAGCAAUGGUUCGGAUGGUGGUGGUAGCCGCUCAUCGCGUACCGAUGACGAUGAACGUUUCAACGAUUCCGAUUUGGAUGCUAAGCGGCUGUUGGUCGCACCUUCACCGCGACGUCGUCGCUCCUCUUCGAGCGAUUCGCGUGGCAACAAAUUGGAUUUCGAAGUUGGUGAUUUCUUUAUGUUCGGUUCACCGCUCUCCAUUGUAUUGGCAUCGCGUAAACUGCAUGAUGCCAAGGCGGCACUGGCACGGCCGAACUGUAAUCAAGUGUACAAUCUAUUCCAUCCUACCGAUCCGAUUGCUUCCCGUUUGGAACCAUUGCUCAGCGCUAGGUUUUCCAUGUUGGCGCCAGUGAAUGUGCCGCGUUAUGCCAAGUAUCCCCUAGGAAAUGGGCAGCCGUAUCACUUAUUGGAGGUCAUCCAAUCCCAUCCACAACAUUUCAGUGAAGCCAACAAUAUUUUGGGCAACAGACGACUGUCGGAUGCCUCAAUGCAAAGUACUAUUUCUGGUCUCAUUGAAAAUGUAUCGCUAAGUACAAUCCACUCACUUCAAAUGAAAUGGUGGGGCACAAAACGCUUAGACUACGCCUUGUAUUGCCCAGAGGGUUUGAGUAAUUUCCCCGCUCAUGCCUUGCCACAUCUAUUUCACGCGAGUUAUUGGGAGAGCGCAGAUGUCAUAGCGUUCGUCUUGCGUCAGAUUGGCAAAUUUGAUGGCAUUCCAUUUGUCGGCUCUGCAGACGACAAAGACACAGUCACCUUCCAUCCCAGUCAGCCACGAGAGAAAUGGAUGAAGAAACGUACUUCGGUAAAGCUGAAAAAUGUAGCGGCCAAUCAUCGUGCCAACGAUGUUAUUGUAUUGGAGGGUCGCGAACAACGUCUCAAUGCACGUUUCAUGUAUGGACCGCUGGAUAUGAUCACGCUGCAUGGCGAAAAAGUCGAUAUUCAUUUAAUGAAAGAUCCACCAGCCGGCGAAUGGACAUUCCUUGCCACCGAGUUGACCGAUAAGAAUGGUCGCAUCUCAUAUACCAUACCCGAACAAGUAUCGCUUGGCUAUGGUAUAUAUCCGGUGAAAAUGAUCGUACGUGGCGAUCACACAUCGGUUGAUUGUUAUGUCGCCAUAGUGCCACCAAUGACCGAAUGUGUGGUCUUUAGUAUUGAUGGUUCCUUUACGGCGUCCAUGUCGGUGACGGGGCGUGAUCCGAAGGUACGCGCUGGCGCAGUUGAUGUCUGUCGCCAUUGGCAAGAGUUGGGCUAUUUGCUGAUCUACAUUACGGGCCGCCCAGACAUGCAACAACAACGUGUCGUAUCCUGGUUGAGCCAGCAUAAUUUCCCUCAUGGUCUGAUCUCUUUCGCCGACGGUUUACUAACCGAUCCGCUGGGUCACAAGACAACUUACUUGAAUAAUUUAGUGCAAAAUCAUGGAAUCUCAAUUGUGGCUGCCUAUGGUAGUAGCAAAGACAUAACUGUGUAUGCGAAUGUGGGCUUGCGUUCCGAGCAGAUUUUCAUUGUGGGCAAAGUUAGCAAAAAAUUGCAAUCGAACGCCACGGUUUUGAGCGAUGGUUAUGCCGCUCAUUUAGCCGGUCUGCAAGUGGUGGGCGGCUCGCGUCCCGCCAAAGGUAAUGCACGCAUGGUGAUUCCACGCGGUUGCUUCAAUUUGCCCGGACAGGCCUCGAAUCCACGGCGUAGAAGGCUGCAUGAGCAAGCGGAUGCUUUAAUGUAAACUGCGUAUGACACACCUCAAUCACGCAUUCACCAACAAACAAUAGUUUGCGAAAUGGAAUUUCCAAAGUACUAACAAAACAAAUUAACAAAAAAACCAAACAAAGCAACAAGCAAAUUAAUCAAAACACAAUAAAAUGCAACGAAACCGGACUAUCGUCACCCAUACGCAGUGGCUACCUUAAGCGGAAAACCUAUUUGAAUCUACACUAAAAGAAAGCAUGAAACCAGAAAAACGAAAAAGAAUAAAGCGAGCUUCAAAAGACUUCCAAUAUUGCGCAUGUGCGAACGCAACUAGCAGUACAAGGCGAAAUUGUAUACUAAAAUAAUCGAAAUUGCAUAGAAUAACGUCCAACAUUCCUGGCUGCCAAGUGAAAGCAAAAGAAAACAAUAACAAUAAGAGAAGAAAUGAAAUGUUAGAAAAUUCGCGCGCUCGUGCUUUCCAAUAAGGACGCCUCUAUAUUUCCGCCCGCACGCAUGUCAUACGUCUAACCAGAAACGCUUUAGCGGCAUUUAGCUUAGACAUAAUGAAACUAGUACGAGUAUUUCCUCCCCUCCACAAACGCGAAGAGCAUAGAGCUUAGGCUUAGUCAGCGCUCCAGUUUAGUGCUCAUUUAGUACUCACCACUAUACAUGCAUAUAUAUAUAUUUAUGGAGAGCGAAAGGAUGUGAAAGAAUCAUCAGCAAAAAUAGAAUAAAGUUUAACUAUCUACUAUUCAUACCUAUACAACUACAGCAUACAUAUAUAUAAUAUAUUAUAUAUAUACCAAAAAUAUAGUAUAUAUUAUGAAAAGAAAGGCUUCACUUAGUGUGCAGAAGCUUAGAGUUAAAUUGUGAUGAAGCGUAAGGGAGUACCGCACUGUACACUAACCCACCCACUCAUUUGCGAUUACUUAGUAGAGCAUUGCUACUAGAACUAAAAGCGUAACGAAUGCAAAUAAUGCAAAGAAAUGUUUAGAAAAUAUUUAGGAAAUCACGCCUAAUGUGUCACGAGAAAAUGCAUUGAAAGACUACUUUGUAUUUGCAUCUUAUAGGUACCUGGCUAGAAAGACUGUUUCCUCCUGUUGUAUGAUGGUGUUUCAAUCUACCUAAAUAAUAAAUGUAUGUAUGUUAAAUGGAUUUAAACAAAAAAAAAAAAAAUAAACAAAA